CAGAUUUCAUGGCGAUCGGGAGAGAGGGAAGACCACCGACGCACGCAAACUGUCCAGACACCUCAACACGACUGAAAGACAUUUCUUGGGUGAGAUCUGAACAGACGUGAGUCGCAGACAGAACAGACACUGAGUGGAUUCUCCUGCUGGUGUUGCUCAGUGGGUAGUAGUGGUUUCUCGUGCUGGUGUUCUGUUGAAGGGGCUCCUUAGUGCUCUGUGCUGUUGUUUUGCUGUGUCCUGGGUUAGGACUGCCAGCCUAUGGCUCUAAUGGAUAAGCACAAAGUCAAGCGGCAGAGACUUGACCGCAUCUGUGAGGGCAUCCGCCCCCCCAUCUUGAACGGGCCCAUGCACCCUCGGCCCCUGGUGGCCCUGCUGGACGGGCGAGACUGCACCAUAGAGAUGCCCAUCCUGAAAGACGUGGCCACUGUGGCCUUCUGUGAUGCCCAGUCCACCCAGGAGAUCCAUGAGAAGGUGUUGAACGAGGCGGUGGGGGCUCUGCUCUACCACACCAUCACUCUCUCUAGAGACGACCUGGACAAGUUCAAAGGCCUCCGAGUCAUCGUCAGGAUCGGCAGCGGCUUUGACAACGUCGACAUCAAAGCCGCAGCUGAGCUUGGCAUCGCGGUGUGUAACGUGCCGGCGUCGUCGGUGGAGGAGACGGCCGACACAUCCUUAUGUCUGAUCCUAAACCUGUACCGUCGGGUCACCUGGAUGCAUCAGGCCCUGAGGGAGGGCACCAGGGCCUCCAGCGUGGAGCAGAUCAGGGAGGUAGCCGGCGACGCUGCCCGCAUCCGGGGGGAGACGCUGGGCAUCAUCGGCCUGGGUCGUGUGGGCCAGGCGGUGGCUCUGCGGGCCAAGGCGUUUGGUUUCGGGGUGAUCUUCUACGACCCCUACCUGCCUGAUGGUGUGGAGCGCUCUCUGGGUCUGCAGAGGAUGGCUACCCUCCAGGACCUGCUCAUUCACUCUGACUGUGUUUCUCUACACUGUAGCCUCAACGAACACAACCACCACCUCAUCAAUGACUUCACCAUCAAACAGAUGCGUCAGGGAGCGUUCCUGGUGAACUCUGCGCGGGGGGGUCUGGUGGAUGAGAAGGCUCUGGCUCAGGCCCUGAAGGAAGGACGUAUACGAGGAGCUGCGCUGGACGUCCACGAGACAGAGCCCUUCAGUUUCUCCCAGGGCCCUCUGAAAGAUGCUCCCAACCUCAUCUGUACCCCCCACACCUCCUGGUAUAGUGAGCAGGCCUCCAUCGAGGCCAGAGAGGAGGCAGCCAGGGAGGUGCGCCGGGCCAUCACUGGUCGUAUUCCAGACAGUCUGAAGAACUGUGUGAAUAAGGAGUAUCUGAUGGCAGCGUCACAGUGGCCCAGUAUGGAGGUUGCGACAGUCCACCCCGAACUCAACAUAGCCUCAGCAUACAGGUUUCCUGCAGGUCUGAUCAGCGUGGCAGCAGGGGGUUUGACAGGGGCAGGUGCAGGGGUAGAGGCUCUGGCCCUGGCUCACGCCAUCACCCCUGUGUCCCAUCCCCCCCACGCCCCAUCGCCAGGGCAACCCAGCAAGGCUGAGGCAGACAGAGACAUCUCCUCUGACCAAUAGCACCCCAACAUUCCUUCAUCACCCCUGGAAACCAACAACCCACCCCCUCCCACCAUUUUCAUUACCACCGACCUCAGGCAGAUUGACACUGGGGUUCCGGUUUGAUCCGGUUUCAGCUGGAUCCUUCAAAACAAAGUACCAGUCCAGGAGUGACCCGCCCGUCCACAACAUGCCCCCUCUCCCUCUCCGGAACCCCUUCCUCGGACCUCCCUCAACCCCUCCCCCUUACCUCCAUAUCCCUCCACACCAACACACCUUCAGCAAUAACUCUCUUCUCAAGGAUUCAAUAAUUGGAUUGGUAUAUUUCUUGAGUUGUAUUUUUUGGGGGGGUGAAAGCAACACAUUUUUUUGCUGUUGAUCUGUUAUGAUUGUAGGUGUUUUUGUUUUGAGUAGCAUUUCUGCAGUGAGGCUGGACUGUGAGGCUAGCUGUUUUCUCCCUGGUUGUUUUGAUCAGUGAGAGAGGAGUGAAGGUUUGGCCCAUCUCUCUCUCUCUGACAUCUCUCUCUCUCUCUGACAUCUCUCUCUCUCUCUCUGACAUCUCUCUCUCUCUCUGACAUCUCUCUCUCUCUCUCUGACAUCUCUCUCUCUCUAGCGUCUAUCUCUCUCUGACGUCUCUAUCUCUCUCUGACGUCUCUAUCUCUCUCUGACGUCUCUCUCUCUCUCUGACGUCUCUCUCUCUCUCUGACGUCUCUCUCUCUCUCUGACGUCUCUCUCUCUCUCUGACGUCUCUCUCUCUCUCUGACGUCUCUCUCUCUCUCUGACGUCUCUCUCUCUGACGUCUCUCUCUGACGUCUCUCUCUCUCUGACGUCUCUCUCUCUCUGACGUCUCUCUCUCUCUGACGUCUCUCUCUCUCUGACGUCUCUCUCUCUCUGACGUCUCUCUCUCUCUGACGUCUCUCUCUCUCUGACGUCUCUCUCUCUCUGACGUCUCUCUCUCUCUGACGUCUCUCUCUCUCUGACGUCUCUCUCUCUCUGACGUCUCUCUCUCUCUGACGUCUCUCUCUCUCUGACGUCUCUCUCUCUCUCUGACGUCUCUCUCUCUCUCUGACGUCUCUCUCUCUCUCUGACGUCUCUCUCUCUCUCUGACGUCUCUCUCUCUCUCUGACGUCUCUCUCUCUCUCUGACGUCUCUCUCUCUCUCUCUGACGUCUCUCUCUCUCUCUGACGUCUCUUUCUCUCUGACGUCUCUUUCUCUCUGACGUCUCUUUCUCUCUGACGUCUCUCUCUCUCUCUGACGUCUCUUUCUCUCUGACGUCUCUUUCUCGCUCUUUGACAUCUCUCUCUCUGACGUCUCUCUCUCUCUCUGACGUCUCUUUCUCUCUGACGUCUCUUUCUCGCUCUUUGACAUUUACAUUUACAUUUAAGUCAUUUAGCAGACGCUCUUAUCCAGAGCGACUUACAAAUUGGUGCAUUCACCUUACAUCUCUCUCUCUGUCAUUUUCUCUCUCUGACAUCUCGCUCUCUCUCUCUGACAUCUCUCUCUCUCUGACAUCUCUCUCUCUCUGACAUCUCUCUCUCUCUGACAUCUCUCUCUCUCUGACAUCUCUCUCUCUCUGACAUCUCUCUCUCUCUGACAUCUCUCUCUCUGACAUCUCUCUCUCUCUCUCUGACAUCUCUCUCUCUCUCUAGCGUCUAUCUCUCUCUGACGUCUCUAUCUCUCUCUGACGUCUCUAUCUCUCUCUGACGUCUCUAUCUCUCUCUGACGUCUCUCUCUCUCUCUGACGUCUCUCUCUCUCUGACGUCUCUCUCUCUCUGACGUCUCUCUCUCUCUGACGUCUCUCUCUCUCUCUGACGUCUCUCUCUCUCUAGCGUCUCUCUCUCUCUCUGACGUCUCUUUCUCUCUCUCUGACGUCUCUUUCUCUCUGACGUCUCUUUCUCGCUCUUUGACAUCUCUCUCUCUGUCAUUUUCUCGCUCUUUGACAUCUCUCUCUCUGUCAUUUUCUCUCUCUGACAUCUCGCUCUCUCUCUCUGACAUCUCUCUCUCUGACAUCUCUCUCUCUCUGACAUCUCUCUCUCUCUGACAUCUCUCUCUGUCAUUUUCUCUCUCUGUCAUUUUCUCUCUCUGACAUCUCGCUCUCUCUCUGACAUCUCUCUCUCUCUGACAUCUCUCUCUGUCAUUUUCUCUCUCUGUCAUUUUCUCUCUCUGACAUCUCGCUCUCUCUCUCUCUGGUCAUCUCUCUCUCUCUGACAUCUCUCUCUCUCUGACAUCGCUCUCUCUUUGACCUCUCUCUCUCUCUUUGACCUCUCUCUCUCUCUUUGACCUCUCUCUCUCUUUGACCUCUCUCUCUCUCUCUCUGACAUCUCUCUCUCUCUCUCUGACCUCUCUCUCUCUCUCUCUCUCUGACAUUUCUCUCUCUCUCUCUGACAUCUCUCUCUCUCUCUGACCUCUCGCUCUCUCUCUGAUCUCUCUCUCUGACAUCUCUCUCUCUCUCAUUUAAGAAAAUGUGUACAACAAUAAGACAACACGACACCAAGCUUCUAUUGGCCCGAUUCCUAGCCUGAUUUGAGAUAUGUAUCUGAAGACAAGUCAGCUAGCUUUAGCCAAGUUAUCUAAAGCUAGUCAGAUCUGGGACCAGGCUAUCUGUUUCCUUGUCUGUCUGUCUGUUGGCUAGUGUAGGGAUGAAUAAUGUCAGUGUGGAGCUGAAACCUUAACGAAGCAUGUUUAAUCUGUCUCCACUGCCUCUGCUGUGUCAGACCCUUUCUGUAUGUCUCUUCUCCUUAAGAUGGUGAAACCUCUCCUUUGUCAGGCGAUAACUCGCUGUUUUUACGUCCCCUUUUUAUGAUGUAAUGGCCAAGCUCCUUUUUUCCAGCUCCAGUCACUUCCUGUUGAAAGGUCAGAUGGAUGGCGUCCUAUGGACUCUGUAUCAUCACUUUACACAUGGUCUUAUACUCAACAGUUAAGUGAAGCGUUUGUUCUGUAAAGGAAGACCCCUGAAGCGGUGUGGAGCUUCAACAUCAUGUGACAACAGUUUCAUAUCAGUUGGAUAGUGGAUUGGAAUUUCACUUCAUACAAAAAGACUGAAUUAUUGUGUAUGGACAUUUUGUUUUUCAGAGGCACUUAACGCCGAGUACGCACACCCACCCACCCACGCAGAGUGAGCUGAGCCCAGUGGGCAGCCUAGGGAAGGGUUUCCCAACCUCACCCCCCUUCCUCCCCGGGUGCACCUUUUGGUUUUUUGCCAUAGCACUACACAGCUGAUUCAAAUAAUCAAAGCUGGAUGAUGAGAUGGUUAUUUGAAUCAGCUGUGUAGUGCUAGGGAAAACCCUAGCUUAGAGCAGCACAGGUCAGGUGUGUAGGACAGGUUUGGCCAGCAGGGGGGCACUGCCAUGCGAAUGCUUAGUCGGGCUGUGCUCGGAUGGCUACAGUGUGGUUUAGUACCAGCCAGACAGCUAGCUCUGGCGACCCCUGGGUUUUCCUAACACAUCCACACAGCAGUCAGCCAUAGGGCAGGUGAAGUACAUCAAAUACCGCUGACUUCCAAAGACAACAGGGACGGGUGACAAGGCGAGGACUCGCUGUCUUUCUCCCCGACCUCUCUCCUUUAUGCGCAGUCCAUCCCCAACCCCCAACCCCCCCCCCUCUCUUUCUCACCCCAUCCAGCCCCUGCAGAACUCGGCUCUCCACUAGCGCUUUAUCAGCCUGUGUGGAUCCACCCAUCCCUUUAAGAUAGGACCGGCGAUGUAGCCAGCGUGUGGAUUCAACCAUCCCUUUAAGAUAGGACCGGCGAUGUAGCCAGCGUGUGGAUUCAACCAUCCCUUUAAGAUAGGACCGGCGAUGUAGCCAGCGUGUGGAUUCAACCAUCCCUUUAAGAUAGGACCGGCGAUGUAGCCAGCGUGUGGAUUCAACCAUCCCUUUCUAAUAAGACAAAGGGAUUCACCAUUCCCUUUUAAGAACAAGGGUGGAUUGUGUUUAUUCUUCCAUACUCUAGAGUGGCUUUGCGAAGGAGACGGUAUCUAUGUGGAUCCACCCAUGGUUGUAUUGGCAAGUCAUCGUUGUCUUUCUAAAGGAGUAGUCCCUACGAUUAACUCUUAAAGCCGUCGUCUCUCGUCGUAUCAAGGGAAUACCCUUGUAGUACCUCAGUAACAGAUAAUGAAUGUACGUUCAAACCCUUUUCCUUUCCUGUACAGCUUUUCUAGUGACCUCUGCUAUUCCUGGGAGGUGUGUGAAAAUUGUAGCACUGACGACGAUCAAUAAAGACCCCCACUAACUCUGACCAAACUGGAGAGGAUUUCCUUUCAAUCUCUGUCUUCAAAACCAGUUACUCAUCUCUGCGUUUUGAUCUGUUCUACUUCAUUUGUUUCUCUGUGGAAAACGAGCACAAUGCUUUCCCCUGAUUUUUGAUUGGACAUCAGAUUCCGUCUGACAAGUUUCUUCAACCUCCUGUUCUACAGAAUAAUGUAACUUGGAGGAAAAUUCAAAGCGUCAGCUUGACCUGUUAGUUUAUUUUCUAGAAUAUAGAAGUAGAUGCCUUUCUCUUUCCCCUAAUGCUGCUCUAGCUAUUGUGCAUGUAAGAUAUUUUUGGAGGGUAAAUGAUAUUAGCUUAAAGAUUGUUAUGUUGUUGUCCACCCUUUGCUUCCCAGUGCUUUACCCUUAACCCAAGUUGCCACUUUGUGGUGGUCAGUAACCAGUGAUGUACAGUUUUCCCCUACCUACCAGAGUCUGAGGACAUGGGAGUGUGCCUGUGUCCAAACAUUAUAGGCUCCUGUCUCAUGUAAUUUUAUAUAUAUAUAUAUAUAUUUAUAUAUAUAUAUAUAUAUAUAUUUUAAUAUCCCCAAUAGUUUGAAUUAUGAGCGUAAAUUGUGAUCUUACAUUGCCGUUGAUGAUAUUGAUGACAUAUUUGGGUUGUAUUCAGUUCAGCACUCACUGUGUUGUUGAAACCAUUCGUUUUCUUUGUUUUGUAAUCUAUCUCUGGGUUCUACAUGUUGUACUGAAACAUUUCAGAAACAAACAAAAAAAAUCCCUUUUGAAACGUUUUGUGAAAUGUUUUUUGUCCUAGCCACUCUGCCGUACGUAGCGUAGCUGUCCUAUCCAGCCGGAAACCUCCGGGCCUUAACUCUCCCUAUAAAGUAGCUGUAGAGUUACCAUGGAAACACUUACUGCCUUAAUCACAGUUGACCACAGUAGGUGAGGUAGGAGACACAGUCAGAAGUCACACUAACAACUAACACUUUACAGUCUGUAUUCAAUCAAUACUGGUGAAAGAGUUUGCUGGAUUAUUCAAAAGUAACUGAAAAAAGCACAUUUGAAUUGAUAUGCAGUUGUCUUUUAGUUUGAAACAGCAAAUUAUUUGUUGAGUACAUCAAUUAAAAUAUGCAUUAUUUCAGUGCAGAAUAAAAAAUGUCUGGCUUAACCAUGCAACCAGGUUGACCGUUUUGAUUGAAUAUGCCCUACAUGUAACCCAGCAGCUACAGACUGAAGGGAAGUCCACCUGAUAUUUCACUCGGGUGUGAGAAUGUUACCCCUCUGAAAGGGUCUUUCAUGGCCAGCCCCGAGCCACACCAAACACUGGUGUGGUCUGGCAGACAUGCAGCAAAUGAUGGACAGAAUUGGUCACUUUAAUCUCUCAGGGUUCAAAUACAAACAUACCCUCCUGCACACUCUCUCGCUCCAUCCGUUUCGUGUUCCCACCCUCCUGCACUCUCUCCAUCCGUUUCGUGUUCCCACCCUCCUGCACUCUCUCCAUCCGUUUCAUGUUCCCACCCUCCUGCACUCUCUCCAUCCGUUUCAUGUUCCCACCCUCCUGCACUCUCCAUCCGUUUCGUGUUCCCACCCUCCUGCACUCUCCAUCCGUUUCAUGUUCCCACCCUCCUGCACUCUCUCCAUCCGUUUCAUGUACCCACCCUCCUGCACUCUCCAUCCGUUUCAUGUUCCCACCCUCCUGCACUCUCUCCAUCCGUUUCAUGUUCCCACCCUCCUGCACUCUCUCCAUCCGUUUCAUGUUCCCACCCUCCUGCACUCUCCAUCCGUUUCAUGUUCCCACCCUCCUGCACUCUCUCCAUCCGUUUCAUGUUCCCACCCUCCUGCACUCUCCAUCCGUUUCAUGUUCCCACCCUCCUGCACUCUCUCCAUCCGUUUCAUGUUCCCACCCUCCUGCACUCUCUCCAUCCAUUUCAUGUUCCCACCCUCCUGCACUCUCUCCAUCCGUUUCAUGUUCCCACCCUCCUGCACUCUCUCCACCCGUUUCGUGUUCCACCCUCCUGCACUCUCUCCAUCCGUUUUGUGUUCCACCCUCCUGCACUCUCUCCAUCCGUUUCGUGUUCCCACCCUCCUGCACUCUCCAUCCGUUUCAUGUUCCCACCCUCCUGCACUCUCCAUCCGUUUCAUGUUCCCACCCUCCUGCACUCUCCGUUUCAUGUUCCCACCCUCCUGCACUCUCUCCAUCCGUUUCAUGUUCCCACCCUCCUGCACUCUCCAUCCGUUUCAUGUUCCCACCCUCCUGCACUCUCCAUCCGUUUCGUGUUCCACCCUCCUGCGCUCUCUCCAUCCGUUUCGUGUUCCACCCUCCUGCUCUCUCCAUCCGUUUCGUGUUCCACCCUCCUGCUCUCUCCAUCCGUUUCAUGUUCCCACCCUCCUGCACUCUCUCCAUCCGUUUCAUGUUCCCACCCUCCUGCACUCUCUCCAUCCGUUUCAUGUUCCCACCCUCCUGCACUCUCCGUUUCAUGUUCCCACCCUCCUGCACUCUCCGUUUCAUGUUCCCACCCUCCUGCACUCUCCGUUUCAUGUUCCCACCCUCCUGCACUCUCUCCAUCCGUUUCAUGUUCCCACCCUCCUGCACUCUCCAUCCGUUUCGUGUUCCCACCCUCCUGCACUCUCCAUCCGUUUCGUGUUCCACCCUCCUGCACUCUCCAUCCGUUCCGUGUUCCACCCUCCUGCGCUCUCUCCAUCCGUUUCGUGUUCCACCCUCCUGCUCUCUCCAUCCGUUUCGUGUUCCACCCUCCUGCACUCUCCAUCCGUUUCAUGUUCCCACCCUCCUGCACUCUCUCCAUCCGUUUCAUGUUCCACCCUCCUGCACUCUCCAUCCGUUUCAUGUUCCACCCUCCUGCACUCUCUCCAUCCGUUUCGUGUUCCACCCUCCUACAGUCUCGUGUUCUUCCCUCUGUGCACUGUGAGUGCUGUAUUUGGUUUUACUGUCUGUUCUGUUCUUUGGCACUGACAUCUAACCUUCAUCUAAUAAUGAAUGAAUGAAUGUUUUAAAUGAGCUGUGUGUAAUGGUGAAAUUUGGGAAAUGUAUUUUUACAACAUGUGAACAUGAUUCCUUUUUGGGGGCGUCUUUCACUCACUCUUGUCGUGAAUUAAUUGAUUUUCUUUCACCAGACUGCAAAAUCCAUUAAAAAAUAGAAAAGCAGUCUCCUGUAACUAGGCUCUUAAGCUUUAUUUUUGUUUUGUUUACUUUUUUUAUUAGAAACAAUCAUGUUUGUUUCCGAUGGUAAACUCCACACCGUAUUUUAAUAAAAUCCCAAAAAUUAA